UCCUCCUGUUCCUCUGCCUCACUACUAUUAGUCUCUGGAGGCUCUGGAGUCUGCACCUCACUCCCCGAUGGCCCUGGCCCCACCUCAGUUUCAUUGCUGUCCGACUAUGUUGCCAGCUCCAUAGGCUGCAGGUGGACCACAACACUUCCUGAGCAGGAAGCUUCAAAGAAAGAGAAAAAGCAUAUAAAAAGCAAUUCCAGAAUUAUUCGUAACACAUCUGAAAAAAAAAGACACCAAGAGAAUUUUAUUCCUCUCUUCUUUCAGUAUAAAUUUAAUAUUUUGGACACACUCAUGGAAUUCUUUGGGGUUGAAAAAAAAUCUGAAUCUGCUUUGUCUUUAUCCUUGGCAUUGUGAUGGGUUACGUCUUUCUUCAGAAAUGGGUUAGAAUAAGUUCAAAUUAAAAAGAAACUAGCGGGGGAAAAACACAGAGAAAGGAAGAGUAAGAGUAGGGGAAGGAGAGCAAAAGGAAGAAGGAGUGAAAAAGGAAGGAAGGAAAGAGAAAUAAAUGGUGACAGAGAAAGGGGGAAAGAGAAAAAGCAAGCGCAGGACAGGAGCUGUGUUUCCCAGAGAGCUUCCUGGUUCUUCUCUUCUGACUGAUCUGCUGUUUCUGACAGGAUUUGGGCCCUUCUGAGGCCUCCUCCAGUCUCUGCCCAGCCUUCAGGGCGGCUGCUCUUGAGGGAGGUGAGUUCAAAUCCUCCAGAGAGAUUUUUCUCCAUCUCCACACAGGAAAGAGAAGAAGAUCGAGAAAGCGCAGCCUCUGGAAACGUUGAAGCUUUUGUCUGCCAGGGAGCCAUGGAGAGGGGCCUUUCCCCCUACUCCCAAGCCCAUCAUCCCUGCCCUCUCCCUUCCCCUCAGACGCGCUCCUCUUUCCCGCCCUUUCUACAAUCCUGGCACUUUGCCCCUAAUCCACCAGGGGGCGCCCUCUGCUAAGAGACGGUAACGUCAUGCGCUUCCCCAUUGGUCCACUGGAGGGUAAACGUCACAGCUUCCUUUUCAGAGGAGACUAGGAAGGAAAUGACAUCACAAACGCUUGCCGCUCUAGGACGCCGCCCUCGCUCUCCUUAACCCCGCGGGAGAGUCUGGCGGGGGGAGAUCCAGACGUUCUCCGGAUAUAGAAACUCGAAAUUAUUUGUAAUCUUUGCAACCCAAAAUUUUCUCUUGCUGGGAAAAAAAAAAGAGUGGAAUCACUUGGAGGGAUCAGAGUCCUGAGGGGCUAGAAAUGGUCCUGUGAAGGAAAAGGCAUCUGGAGACCCAGAAGAGUCCUUGGAGCCAUUUGGAGUUGCUCUGCAGGAGAGAGAAAGGAUGGAGACACAACCUUUGGGAAAGGAGGGAGCCGGAAAAGGCCCUUCAGCUGCUCAGCCUGGGAAGCUCUGGACAAGGACUGGGCAGAAGAUCCUGGAGGAGGAAACCAUCCUCCCUUCAGAAGUUCAGCCCUGGAAUUUCUUCCAAUAUCGGGAGGUGGAGGGUCCCCGAAGACUUUGCAACCGACUCCAUGACUUUUGCAGGCGAUGGCUGAGAUCAGAAAAGCACACCAAAGCCCAGAUGCUGGACCUGGUGGUUCUGGAGCAGCUGCUGGCUCUUCUGCCCCUAGAGAUGGAGAGCUGGGUGCGGGAGUGUGGAGCAGAGACCAGCUCCCAGGCGGUGGCCCUGGCUGAAGGCUUCCUCCUGAGCCAGGCGGAGGAGCAGAAGGAGCAGGUUGAGAUGCAGUGCUGCUCUAUGGAGAUCAGAGAUCCUGAGGGAAAGAGGAACCCAUCAAACUCUCCUCAGGAGCAAUUUUUCAGGAGGAUCCCGUGGGAAGAACAAAAUCAGGACACCUCAGGAGAGAAACAAAGGAUGAAAUUUUCUGGUUUUUAUGACGACGCUCAAACAACGGUUGAACCUCUAAAUCAAGAGAGUCUGGUGUCCUUUGAGGAGGUGGCUGUGUAUUUCUCUGAGGAGGAAUGGUCUCAGCUGGAUCCUGAACAAAAAGCGCUGCAUUCGGAAGUCAUGCUUGAAAACCAUUGGAACGUGAUCUCUCUGGGUAAUAAUGGUCAGGAGAAUCAAGAUUGCUGUGAACUGUUCCAAGAGAUCAAUGCUAAAGAUGGAACGGGAAAGUUUGGAAUUCGAACGGAAUUAGAAACCCAUGAUAGAAAUUCUUGGAAUCAGGAAAGCUCAUCUUCCACUGAUGCUCCAAUUGAAGACUUUCUUGUCCAACAGGAGAAAAUAAGGAAAAAAUAUAUUGGGAAAAGUUUGAAGCCAAUCAAAGGUAAAUUACAAGUAAAAGAAUACUAUUUAAGGCAAAACAAAGGAGAAGAUGCUAUAAGAAGACACAACAGACAAAGUUACAAUGAGACAUUCAUUCCUUCUCUUGGAAAUAAGUUCCAUACAUCUCAAAAAAUGAUUGACACAAAAGAGAAGCCUUACCAAUGCUUGGAAUGUGGAACAUGUUUUAGAACAAGCAGGCAACUUAUUUCCCAUGAAAGGAUUCACACUGGGGAGAAGCUAUGCAGAGAGUCUGGUAACAGGUUCAGAAGACGUAGUAAUCUUAUUUCCCAUAAAAGGAUCCACUCAGGAGAGAAACCGUAUAAAUGCAUGGAGUGUGGAAAGACCUUUGCUCAAAAAGGUAAUCUUAUUUCCCAUAAGAGGAUCCACACAGGGGAGAAGCCGUAUAAAUGUAUGGAAUGUGGAAAGACCUUUGUUCAAAGAGGUCAUCUUACUUCCCAUAAGAGGAUCCACACAGGGGAGAAGCCAUAUAAAUGCAUGGAGUGUGGGAAAACGUUUGCUUAUAGUAAUCGACUUACUAUCCACAAAAUGAUCCACACAGCGGAGAAGCCGUAUAAAUGCAAGGAGUGUGGAAAGACCUUUGCUUAUAGUAAUGUACUUACUAUCCACAAAACGAUCCACACAGGGGAAAAGCCAUUUAUAUGCACGGAGUGUGGAAAGACCUUUGCUCAAAGAGGUCAUCUUACUUCUCAUAAGAAGAUCCACACAGCGGAGAAGCCGUAUAAAUGCAUGGAGUGUGGAAAGACGUUUGCUUAUAGUAAUCGACUUACUAUCCACAAAAUGAUCCACACAGGGGAAAAACCAUUUAAAUGCAUGGAGUGUGGAAAGACCUUUGCUCAAAGAAGUAAUCUUAUUUCUCAUAAGAGGAUCCACACAGGGGAGAAGCCGUAUAAAUGCAUGGAUUGUGGAAAGACAUUUGCUUAUAGUAAUCAACUUACUAUCCACAAAAUGAUCCACACAGGGGAAAAGCCAUUUAAAUGCAUGGAGUGUGGAAAGAUCUUUUCUCAAAGAGGUCAUCUUACUUCCCAUAAGAGGAUCCACACAGGGGAGAAGCCGUAUAAAUGCAUGGAGUGUGCAAAGACCUUUGCUUAUAGUAAUCAACUUACUAUCCACAAAACAAUCCACACAGGGGAAAAGCCAUUUAAAUGCGUUGAGUGUGGAAAGACCUUUGCUCAAAGAGGUCACCUUUUUCGCCAUAAGGUGAUCCACACAGGGGAGAAGCCAUAUAAAUGCAUGGAGUGUGGAAAGACCUUUGCUCAAAGAGGUCAUCUUUUUCGCCAUAAGAGGAUCCACACAGGGGAAAAGCCAUUUAAAUGCAUGGAGUGUGGAAAGACAUUCACUCAAAGAGGUCAUCUUAUUCGCCAUAAGAUGAUCCAUGCAGAGGAGAAGCCGUAUAAAUGCAUGGAGUGUGGGAAAAAGUUUACGCAUAGCAGUCAACUUAGUAACCACAAUAAGGUCCACACAAGAGAAAAGUUCUAUAAAUGCAUGGAGUGUGGAAAGGCCUUUGCUCAAAGAGGUCAUCUUAUUUCCCAUAAGAGGAUCCACACAGGGGAAAAGCCAUUUAAAUGCAUGGAGUGUGGAAAGACCUUUGCUCAAAGAGGUCAUCUUAUUCGCCAUAAGAUGAUCCACACAGAGGAGAAGCUGUAUAAAUGCAUGGAGUGUGGGAAAACGUUUACAUUUAGCAGUCAACUCAGUAACCACAAUAAGCUCCACACAAGAGAAAAGUCCUAUAAAUGCAUGGUAUGUGGAAAGGCCUUUGCUCAGCGUAGUCAUCUUAUUUCCCAUAAGAUGAUCCACACAGGGGAGAAACCAUAUAAAUGCAUGGAAUGUGGAAAGAGCUUUGCUCAGAAAGGUAAUCUUAUUUCUCAUAAAUGGAUCCAUGCUCGAGAGAAACCGUAUAAAUGCAUGGAGUGUGGAAAGACCUUUGCUCAAAGAGGUAAUCUUAUUUCCCAUAAGAGGAUCCACACAGGGGAAAAGCCAUUUAAAUGCAUGGAGUGUGGAAAGACCUUUGCUCAAAGAGGUAAUCUAAUUUCCCAUAAGAGGAUCCACACAGGGGAGAAGCCAUUUAAAUGCAUGGAGUGUGGAAAGACCUUUGCUCAAAGAGGUCAUCUUAAUCGCCAUAAGAUCAUCCACACAGGGGAGAAGCCAUAUAAAUGCAUGGAGUGUGGACGGAGCUUUACUGAAAGAGGUCAUCUUAUUCGCCAUAAGAUCAUCCACACAGGGGAGAAGCCGUAUAAAUGCAUGGAGUGUGGGAAAACAUUUAGGAAUAGCAGUGCACUCAGUAACCACAAAAUGAUCCACACGGGGGAAAAACCAUUUAAAUGCAUGGAGUGUGGAAAGACCUAUGCUCAAAGAGGUCAUUUUACUUCCCAUAAGAAGAUCCACACAGGGGAGAAGCCGUACAAACGUAUAGAGUGUGGAAAAACGUUUAUGCAUAGCAAUGGACUCAGUAACCACAAUAAGCUACACACAAGAGAAAAGUCCUAUAAAUGCAUGGAGUGUGGAAAGGCCUUUGCUUAUAGUAAUGUACUUACUAUCCACAAAAGGAUCCACACAGGGGAAAAGCCAUUUAAAUGCCUGGAGUGUGGAAAGACCUUUGCUAAAAGAGGUCAUCUUAUUCGCCAUAAGGUGAUCCACACAGGGGAGAAGCCAUAUAAAUGCAUCGAGUGUGGAAAGACCUUUGCUCAAAGAGAUCAUCUUAUUCGCCAUAAGGUGAUCCACACAGGGGAGAAGCCAUAUAAAUGCAUGGAGUGUGGGAAAACGUUUUCGCAUAGUGGUGGACUCAGUAACCACAAUAAGCUCCACACAAGAGAAAAGUCCUAUAAAUGCAUGGAGUGUGGAAAGACCUUUGCUCAAAGUGGUCAUCUUAUUUCCCAUAAGAGGAUCCACACAGGGGAAAAGCCAUUUAAAUGCAUGGAGUGUGGAAAGACCUUUGCUCAAAGAGGUCCUCUUAUUUCCCAUAAGAGGAUCCACACAGGGGAAAAGCCGUAUAAAUGCAUGGAAUGUGGAAAGACCUUUGCUCUAAGAGGACAUCUUAUUCGCCAUAAGAUCAUCCACACAGGAGAGAAGCCGUAUAAAUGCAUGGAAUGUGGGAAAACGUUUUCACAUAGCAGUGGACUCAGUAACCACAAUAAGCUCCACACUAGAAAAGUCCUAUAAAUGCAUGGAGUGUGGAAAGACCUUUGCUCAAAGUGGUCAUCUUAUUUCUCAUAAGGUGAUCUACACAGGGGAGAAGCUAUAUAAAUGCAUGGAAUGUAGAAAGAGCUUUGCUCAGAAAGGUAAUCUUACUUCUCAUAAAUGGUUCCACGCUCAUGAGAAACUAUAUAACAAUAGUAAUUCCACUUAGACUUAUAUACCACUCCACAAUGCUUUACAGCACUCUCUGAGCAGCAUAUGGCCCCCAGCAAUCUGAUUCCUCAUUUUAUCGACCUCAGAAGGAUGAAAGGAUGAAUCAACCAUCAGUAUCCGAAUCAAACUCCUGGCUAGGGGCAAUUAGCUUGUAGUACUGUAUUCUAGCCACUGCCCCACCAUGUCUAUAGCUUCUUAUGUAUAUGCAUAUUGUGGCUUUCUGAUCCAAAUGAGACAAGAUUUAAUCCAACAAAAUGAAAUUUAAAAUUACAAAGAAGAUGUUGAGACUUUGGAAAAAGUGCCGAGAAGAGCAGUAGGCUGAUUCAAGGCCUGGAGACUAAAACAUAUGAAGAAUGAUUGCAGGAUUUUGGUUUGGCUACUCAAAGGAAAGGAGGAUUGGGAGUGACAUGAUAGCAAUAUUCUAGUAAUUGAGAGGCUCCCACAAAGAGGAGGGGGUCAACUUAUUUUCCGAAACACCAGAGGGCAGGACAAGUAACAACGCAUUCAAAAUAAUCGAGAGAAGCAAUUUUGAAUUAACAAGAAUCUUCCUUACAGUAAAGACAUUUAACCAGUGGAACAACUUUCCUUCAGACAUUGUGGUUCCUUCAUGUUUUUAAGAGGAGACUGGAUAAGUCACGUGUCUAAAAUAGAUCCUAUGGGAAUAUCAAUAGAUUCUGAAAUGGUCUAGACCGGGGUCACCAACCUUUCGGACCUCAGGGACCACUAAAUUCAUAAUUUUUUUUGAAUUUUUUUUUAUUUUUAUUUUAAUUUAUAUCCCGCCCUUCUCCGAAGACUCAGGACGGCUUACAUUGUGUUAAAUACAUUGUGUUAAAUUUUAAAUCCCGAGGACCACUAAUAUGAAUUUUUUAAAAAGAUAAAUAGUAUUAUAAUAUAAAAAAUGCAAAUAAUUUUUCUGCGGACCACCAGUGGUGCACAGACCACUGGUUGGUGACCACUGGCCUAGACUGUAUACAGGUAGAUUACAAUACUCGGUACAUUGGAAAGGAUACCCUUUGUCUGAAGCUACUUGGGUUAAAAGUUGGAAUGUUAAGGCAGAUAGACUGAUAAAGCAAUUCCAUGUUAAAUUUCCUGAUAAGCCAAAGAGCCCACUAGGGAGAGAGAAGUGGUUAGUAUGUUGAAUUUUAACCACUAUGUUACUCUCUUUCCAGGGUACGCUUUUCUGUCUGGGAUGGUGGGGGUGCAGGGUGGCCUUUAAGACCUGGAUGCCAUUUCUGUCAUUGUGCCUUCAGGCCUGCCAUGUUUCCUAGUGUGGGAAACUGGGAGGGGGGAUUGUAUGGAACAUCGGUGAUACAUAGUCAUAACAACAUUCCUUUCACAGAAAAUCAAGGCCAUCUUGCCCUGCACCUGGGAGGCUGGAACUAGGAGGCCUGUCCAGUUGGGACUAUGCUGUAAUUGGACCAUGUGAUGGACAUGUGGGUGUUGGGCAGGGACUUGAACUUCCUUUGGGAGGGGAAACCCUGGAAGCUUUCAGAUUCGGGUUUCCCCAGAUGUGCCAAGAUAACAUAUGUCAUAAAUUAUGAC